AUGAGAAAGCUUGAAAUGAAGAUCCUGUUCUUGAAGAAGCUUGAGAGCGAGGUUGUGAAUUUGUCGGAGCACGUAAGUGCCAUCAUCCAAGGCACAUGGGCCAAGAAGAAAAAGGCUCAAGGACCCUUUGUGCUCUCGAUCACUCUUAGAAAACUUCGUUUUAAAGGAGCACUUGCCGAUCUUGGGGCCUCUAUUAGCCUCAUGCCCAUGUUCAUUGCAAAGAAACUCACUUUUGAGCUCAAGCCAUCAAGGAAAACCAUCCAACUCGUCGACCGAAGUAUUAAGAUGCCAAGUCGGGAGUUUGAGGAUCUGUCUAUCCAAGUGGGAAACAUUGUUGUCCCAUGUGAUUUUGUUGUUCUUGACAUGGUUGAGAAUCCUUACACCCCCCUCAUUCUUGGGAGAGAUGCUUUGAAGACCUUGGGUGCCCUGAUUGAUUGUGAAUCAAAGACCAUUACCAUUCGGGUAGCCCAAGAGAAGGUUGAGGGGCAUGAUGUGCUUGUUGGCCUAGUGUUUGAUGAGGAGAAUUUUUAUGAUGAUGAGAAGAUGAAAAAUGGAGUUUAUGUUGAGAAGGAGAAUGAGAUUGUUCUUGUAAACAACAAUGAUGAUGAUACUGAGGGUAAUGUCAAGCAAACCCGCAAGAGGAAGCGGCUGAGAAAAGAAAAAGCGUCAAAAAGAAGAAGAUAG